AUGCGCUGCUCUUUGGUUCAGAGAGGUGGUGGGUACUCCAACAUUGAUUGGAAGACGAGGGCACGGCGCACCGUGCAGCGGUUCGUGCGCCGUUACGUUCCAGAUCCUCGUGAUGAUCCAUUGACAGAGGUCCCAAUGAAUGAGGAGACUUACAAGAAGACGUAUUUGCAGCAGGAGGGUGGUGUCCGUGUAGGGAUACGCCCCGGUCAGUUGGUUGAGGAUUACAUGGCGGAGCGUGACAAGAAAUGGCUGGAAGGGCAGCGGCUGACCACCGGACGACUUGUGGAGGAGCAGAAGCUACCAACCACUAGCGACGGUCAGCUUUUUUAUGGGACAGGGACACGUGAGACGUAUAUGGAUGUGGGGACCGCCAAUAAACAUGUGAAGCCUCCUAAGCCUAGCGAUUAUGAAUCAGACGAGGAGUUGAUCUUGAUGCGGCGCCAAUUGCAGGUGGAGAACGAAGCAGAAUACCGUAAGUUCGUUGCGGAGACAAAGCGGGCGGAGAUAAAAAUGGAGGAGACGCGGAAGCGCCGCCGGCCUCACCCAACUGACCCAACUUAUGACCCUUUUAAGAUAACCCCCGGUUAUCGUCCUCAGGACAGUGCUGCGCUCGCUCAGUGGUUGAAGAGGCAGCGUGAGUCCGGAAAGACGGCGAGCGGCCUCUCGUUACAGACACGGGAGGGCCAGGAGCGGUUUUACAAUGAGGAGAAGAUGGCCACCCAGUUUCAUGCUAACCCAUUUUCUGCUCGUAUCGAGGAGCCCCGGGGCCUUUCGAGGAUGCGCAUCACGGCAUAUACACCGGAUAGCAUAUUUGUAAAUGACAAGGAGGUAAUCGGUUCUUGCAUUGUUACUGAUAAGUCGUACUACCACUGGAAUGUAAGCAGCUUCGAAGAGGUUAAUGAACGUACACUGGCGCUUUUGCUUCACUUGUACCCGGUGCCUGACGUCAUAUUUCUUGGGACGGGUCGAAAUCUUCAUUUUAUUGAUGAGGAGCUGCGCAUAGCAUUCCAGAAGCGGGGAUCUAUUAUUCACUGCCUCACUACCCCGCAGGCGUGUGGCCACUUCGGCGUGCAGCUGUCUGUUUCGCGUCGUGCUGCACUGGCCGUCAUCAACCCAAUUCCGACGAACGGUUAUGGCACAGAGUGUUUUGGUGAUUUUAUCGAAAACGAUAUGUUUUCCCUUUCUGACACGCAGCUGGGCAUUCCUCCCAUUAAGCAGUUCUCGUCGGCCUUGUUUAAACCGAACAAGGUAGCAGAAAAGUACCGCCAUAUGCAGGGAACUGGGUUCGGUCCAAAGUACCACCAGCUCAGUGAUGGCCGGUUGGUGCGACCGGGAACGAGCGGAACCAAGCUACGACCGUUGAUUGAACCUGGCGAGGAUGUGCAGUGGGAGACGCUACCGUCGUAUUACCAUUGGUAUCCUAAGGAACAUUUGCAUGACUAUAUUGAAAAUACUACUAUGCGUGAGAUUCAGGGCAAACCAACAGGUGAUCCGACAGAGCGCCGCCUUCAGCAAGCGCUCCGCGGUGAAAAGUCGGACAAACGUGAGUCACCAACGCCGGAUAUCGCCCCGUGGGACUCCGCAUCGAUUCCAAUCACGAAGUUUCCACACGAGCGUAAUGACGACGAGGUGGUGGUGGAGGAUCCUAAGACUGGACGCAUCAUCGGGAUGGACCGUAAUACAUAUGAGCGUUGGCGUGUCAUGAUGCAGGAGCGGCGUGAGGGAAAACCAGAGAGCGAUCCUGUGGAGUAUGACCAGGAGCGGUUUGUAACGAACAAAGAUGGAGUUGUAUUCGACUUAUCGAAAGUAAAAUAUCGGCCCAUUUUCGAAGGUCGGUGGAAUCCCAGGCGCCCUCAGAGCACGGGUCGGACGAACCCCAUCAUGGUUUAG